AUGGACACACAGCUCACACCGCAACCCGCAGCCUCCUCCACGGCCAGGCUCAUUCACUCAGCUCUCCCAAUAGAGGUGCUUCACCUGAUAUGCGGACAUCUGCCCAACAGCGACAUCAAGAACCUGCGUCUCACGUCCUCGUUUUUCGCCACCACAGCGCGCCUGGAUUUCCGCCGCGUCUUCCUGUCCGCGAACUCGAGGAACAUCGAGGUAUUUCUAGCCGUAGCAAACCACAGCGUCUUCCGCACUCAAGUUGUUGAAAUCAUCUACGACGAUGCCCUCCUGCCCGCAGCCGACAAUCUGUGGCACGGCGGCAUGUCGCUAGGUCCGAGCAAACUGCUCGAGGAUCAGUGUGCCAAAGGCCCACCGCCUCGUUGGAUCCGUCAAGCUUGCAGAAGAGACUUGGAGGCCCUAAUUGAAGCGAGUGAGGACGAGCGCCGACACAAAUUGGAAGAUUAUCUCUCGCAAGAUUUGACCUGGCAGAAGCUGAGAACGUACAACUGGGAGAUGACGCUACCGUACUACUUCAAACUCCUCCGAGACCAGGAAGCAGUUCUCGAAGACGAGUCAUACGUGAAGGCACUGCGAUUUGGUCUUGCGCAAUUCGCAGCGCUUCGGAAAAUCACCGUCACGGCCGCUACGCACGGUCGGCUGUUCAAUCCGCUGUACCACACGCCAAUGAUCAGGCAGUUUCCCCGGCUAUUCCAGUAUCCAAUCCCUCACGGAUGGCUCAGGUGCAGUGAGGAUGUUAGAAGAACUAAUCGCAACUGGGCCACUUCAAAUGAAGGCUGUAAUGGGUUUAAUACUAUCAUCGAAGCUUUAGCAGAGAAUCUUGACGGCGGAAGAGUUACAGAACUAUCCAUCGAUGCUCAUCUGGAAUAUUCUGGAAUAGACGUCGAUUUCCUCAAGAACGAAACCAAAAUCUUCCAGCAGUUUGAGGCUGUUCUUGCGAGAAAAGACUUCGCAAGCUUGAAGCUCGAUCUAUCCGGGCUUAGGCUUGUGGACCGAUGGGGUAUUAUGAGCAAUGGUCUCUUGCGCCGUGCACUUUCUGGCGCUCGAGAUUUGAGGCAUCUCAGUCUUUCGACCAGCGAGGGCUGGUCGAAGGGAUAUAGGACUCACCCUCCAAGAAAUCCAGUGCCGCUCAGAAGCAUGAUUCCCAAGAAUUGUUCUGCGCGGCUUCAGCACUUGACACUCCGGUGCUUCUGGGUUGAAGAGAGCGAUCUAGUAGCUUUUCUUAGUGAGUUGCCCGAGGAGCUAGAAACUCUUGAGUUGAGCUAUCUCAAUUUUUCUCAGGGAAGCUAUCGGGGGACACUUGAGCAGAUAAGAGAUGGAAUGGAUUGGCAAAACCGAGAAAGAAAGAUUCAGAUCAACAUUAGUAUUCAUGGAGUUGGGGUAUUGAUUGCGCCGGUUUACGGAAAAUCAAUAUGCAUUGAUGAGGAGGUACAUGCGUUUCUCUAUGAGAAGGGACCAAAUCCUUUCUCGGAGAAAAAACCAAAACCAAACGCUAUAUUUCGCAAUUUGUUGGAGGACGGAGUAGGGAUAAUCACUGACGCUUUUGAUUCUCAGAUUCCGCCCUUUGAUCAGGACGGAGUUUAA